UGAAGAUGUUUGAAGAACUGCCACAGGGCGCCAUUUUGCCCUCCUUUUUGGGGUUUCUGGCAGGCUUGCUGGCCGUCCACCGUCUAUACAGCAGCUUGAGGUCCCGAAGCGAGAUGAAGGUGGAUCCACCGGGGCCCAGACGGCUCCCCCUGCUUGGUAACCUGCUUCAGCUGGAUCUCAAGAGACUGGACGAGUCUCUUUUCAGUCUGUCUAAAACCUAUGGACCCGUUUUUACGGUCCACUUUGGACCCAAGAAGGUGGUUGUCCUGGCCGGAACCAGGACAGUCAAACAGGCUCUCGUCAACUACGCCGAGGAGUUUGGAGAGCGAGACGUGAAUCCGCUGUUCUACGAUUUCAACAAAGGACACGGCAUCAUAUUUGCCAACGGGGAUUCAUGGAAGGAAAUGAGACGUUUCACCUUGUCAAAGCUGAAAGACUUCGGGAUGGGCAAGAGGCUCAUUGAGGAGAAAAUCAUGGAGGAGUGUCACUUCCUCAUCGAGGAAUUUGAGAAACACCAAGGCAAAGCCUUUGACAACACGUCAGUCAUCACCUACACCGCUUCCAAUAUCAUCUCGGCGAUCAUGUUCGGAAAGAGGUUCGAAUACAAAGACAAGCUUUUCCAAGACCUAGUAGAGAAAGACUGCAAGCUCAUCCAUCUGUCUGGAUCGGCUUCUAUCACGCUAUACAAUUUCUUCCCCUGGCUGGGCCCCUUUCUCAAAAACUGGAGGGAUUUGAUGAGUCUCCUGGAAAGUAUCAGGCAGCAUUUGAAAAGCAUAAUAUCCGAGCUACAGGCCACGCUCAACCCCGACGUUUGCAGAGGCUUCGUCGACGUUUUCUGCACACGGAUGCAAAAUCUGGAGCACGACGCCCAGGAUGUGCACUUCCAUGACGAAAACCUGCUCAACAGCGUGUUCAAUUUGUUCGGAGCCGGCACUGACACCACAGCGAGCACGCUUCGCUGGAGUCUGCUUUUCAUGGCCAGGUACCCUCAAAUUCAAGAUCGAGUCCAGGAGGAGCUGAGCAGGGUGGUCGGAGUCCGACAGGUCCAAAUGGAGGACCGGAAGAAGCUGCCUUACGUUAACGCCGUCAUCCACGAGACGCAGAGGCUGGCCAACAUCGUCCCCAUGGCCGUUGCGCACCAAACCAGCCGAGACGUCACCUUCCAGGGCUACUUCAUCCAAAAGGGGACCGCUGUGCUCCCUCUGCUGACUUCCGUCCUCCACGACGAGAGCGAAUGGGAGACCCCAAACACCUUCAACCCUUCCCACUUCCUGGAUGAGGAAGGGAACUUCAUCAAAAGGGAUGCCUUCUUGCCCUUCUCCGCAGGCCGCAGGGCUUGCCUGGGCGAGAGUCUGGCCAAGGUGGAGCUCUUCCUCUUCUUCACGUCCCUCCUCCAGCGCUUCCGCUUCAUUCCCCCGCCCGGGAUUUCCGAGGACGAGCUGAAUUUGACGCCGGUGGUGGGCUUCACCCUCUGUCCCAUGACUCACCGGCUGCGCGCUGUCAGUCGCCAGUGAAGAGAAGCUUCUGAUCGAAAACCGAAGGGAGGUUUGACACCUUUUAAUUAAAUUAAAUAUGAUACAAUGAGCCCACUGUCAUGUAUUUUUUUAUCCUCUGCGAAAACCAACUACUAUUGCUGCAGCUUACUGAGUAGUCUU